GCUUGAUGGCGUCGGGCUGGCGAGCGGAGGUCCCGGCAGUGGCCCGCGGGCGACAGCUGCCAGUGUGAGGGGGCUCGUGGUCAGAGCGUGCUGUGGCCUUGGGGAGUGGGAAGUGGAGGUACGAGACCUCCUUAUACUUCGCCAUGAGUUUCCUGAUCGACUCCAGCAUCAUGAUUACCUCCCAGAUACUUUUCUUUGGAUUUGGGUGGCUUUUUUUCAUGAGGCAACUGUUUAAGGACUACGAGGUGCGUCAGUAUGUGGUACAGGUGAUCUUCUCUGUGACUUUUGCAUUUUCUUGCACCAUGUUUGAGCUCAUCAUCUUUGAAAUCUUAGGAGUAUUGAAUAGCAGCUCCCGUUAUUUUCACUGGAAAAUGAACCUGUGUGUAAUUCUGUUGAUCCUGGUUUUCAUGGUGCCUUUUUACAUUGGCUAUUUUAUUGUGAGCAACAUCCGACUAUUGCAUAAACAGCGACUGCUUUUUUCCUGUCUCUUAUGGUUGACCUUUAUGUAUUUCUUCUGGAAACUAGGAGAUCCAUUUCCCAUUCUCAGCCCAAAACAUGGGAUCUUGUCCAUAGAACAACUCAUCAGCCGGGUAGGUGUGAUUGGGGUGACUCUCAUGGCUCUUCUUUCUGGAUUUGGUGCUGUCAACUGCCCAUACACUUACCUGUCCUACUUUCUCAGGAAUGUGACUGACACAGAUAUUGUAGCCCUGGAACGGCGACUACUCCAAACCAUGGAUAUGAUCAUAAGCAAAAAGAAAAGGAUGGCAAUGACACGGAGGACUAUGUUCCAGAAGGGGGAGGUGCAUAACAAACCAUCAGGAUUCUGGGGAAUGAUAAAGAGUGUUACCACUUCAGCACCAGGAAGUGAAAAUCUUACUCUUAUUCAACAGGAAGUGGAUGCUUUGGAAGAACUAAGCAGGCAGCUUUUUCUGGAAACGGCUGAUCUAUAUGCUACCAAGGAGAGAAUAGAAUACUCCAAAACUUUCAAGGGGAAAUAUUUUAAUUUUCUGGGUUACUUUUUCUCUAUUUACUGUGUUUGGAAAAUUUUCAUGGCAACCAUUAAUAUCGUUUUUGACCGAGUUGGGAAAACUGAUCCAGUCACAAGAGGCAUUGAGAUCACUGUGAAUUAUCUGGGGAUCCAAUUUGAUGUGAAGUUCUGGUCCCAACACAUUUCCUUCAUUCUGGUUGGAAUAAUCAUUGUCACGUCUAUCAGAGGACUGCUGAUCACUCUUACCAAGUUCUUUUAUGCCAUAUCCAGCAGUAAGUCCUCCAAUGUCAUUGUCCUGCUAUUAGCACAGAUAAUGGGCAUGUACUUCGUCUCCUCUGUGCUGCUGAUCCGAAUGAGCAUGCCUCUGGAGUACCGCACCAUAGUCACCGAAGUCCUUGGAGAGCUACAGUUCAACUUCUAUCACCGUUGGUUUGAUGUCAUCUUCCUGAAUUGGAAGAAGCAUGAGAGGCUGUACUGUGGGCCUGUGCAAAAGAAAACAAAGGAUCUAUAAGUGGCGCAGCCAGAAGUCAGCAGUCUGCAACCUGGAAGAGGUCCUUCACCAGACACUGAAUCUGUCAGUGCCGUGAUCUUGGACUUCCCAGCCUCGAGAACUGUGAGAAAUAAAUGUUUCUUGUUUAUAAGCCAACCAGUCUAUGCUAUUUUGUUUUGCAGCCCAAACAGACGAAGACAGCAGGUAUUCAUUAAAAAUGAGUAUUUGUUUUUUAUAUUACCAAUCAAUAGAAAUAAUGUAACAGAAAGAAUAUAAAACUUUUAGAGUCUUGGCUUUGCCAUACAUUUUCUUUAUGAACUUAGGUCAGUUUACUUUUGGACCUCAAGUUCACAUGUGAAAAGAAAUUGAGACUUACCAAGGAAUUUAUCUAAUCCAAAUACAUAUGGAAUAAUGCUUACUCUUCCCCAGUAAUAAAACUUGAAUAGCUGCCAGUUAUUUUAAAAACAAUACUGUCACUAACCACCACCAUUCAUUUUCAUGCUUACCAUGAAGCAGGCACUGCUCAAAGCACUUUAACAGUCUUAAUUAAUAUAAUCCUGAUAACAAUCUGACAAAUUAUCCUUGUUUUAUAGGUGGGGAAACUGAGGCACGGAGAAUAAAUCCAUUUACCCAAGGCUGAUAAACGGUAGAUCCAGAAUUUGUACAUAAAUAGUCUGAUUCAGUUUCUUCUGGUGGUUCCCAUUAUAAUUUUGAUAAGUUACCAUCAACUCCAUGCUAUGAAAAAUAAGAUGUUUGCUGUUCUUAUACCAUCUCCUCUCUGCCACGAUAAGUAAAUUUGCUAGUUCUCUUUACACUGUCAUUUUCUAGUAUUUUAGGAAAUCUGUGG